AUGGCUGGUCAAGUGCAAGAUAUCGCCGACGCACCCAGGGUUUGGCGAGGUGCUGUAGAAGAUUUGUGGAGCAUGUACUCCGGCAACCCAGAGGACUAUAUCAUCGGUCCUCCUAUCGGGUUUGGCGCCUCUUCUAUUGUAUACAGUGCGCAAUUCAAAGUUCCUGGAACGCAGAAACUCUGGCCGGUCGCCGUCAAGGUCAUCGACCUGGAGAGGCUGGCACCUUCUGCGCUGCGCUUACUCACCCGGGAGACGCAACUAAUGUCGCUCUCGAAGCAUCCAAACGUGCUCAGAGUGCGUGGAAGCUGGGUCGUCAACCGCAAGCUGCAUAUUGCCUUGCGUCUCAUGCGCACUGGCUCUGUCAGCGAUGUCAUGCGCUAUAAAUUUGCUGCCGGGGUCGAGGAAGAAGUAGCUCGCUGCAUUCUCAAGCAAGCGCUCGAGGGCCUCAAUUAUCUACACAUCAAUGGUCUUAUUCACCGCGAUAUCAAGGCGGCCAAUCUCCUACUCGACGACGACGGAACCGUCCUCGUUGGAGAUUUGGGAGUUGCAGCCUCUCUCGAUGACGAGGACGCUCACAAGCAUGCUGCAAACAAACCGGUUGUCAGAACGACGGAACACGACAUGGAUAAUCUCCCCUCUCUACGAACAGGAGGUAAAUCUCUCGGAAAACGCAAGAGCUUUGUCGGAACCCCAUGCUGGAUGGCACCAGAAGUUAUUGCACAAAAGCAAUAUGACGCUUCGGCAGACAUAUGGUCCCUUGGCAUCACCGCGCUGGAGCUUUGCAAUGGGAGAGCGCCGUACUCGCGAGACCCCUCGUCACGAGUGCUUCAGAAGAUUCUCUACAAUGACCCUCCGACACUAGACCGCAAAGCCGGGAAGCACAAAUACUCUCAAGAAUUCAAGGAGAUUAUCGAGAGCUGUCUCGUCAAGGACCCAACCAAGCGACCCACAGCGGCACAAUUGCUGGAGACACCCUUUUUCCGAGGUGCAAAAAAGAAGGAUUACCUCGUGUCGACGCUAAUCGCUGGGCUGCCUCCACUUGUAGAUCGCCAAGAGAGACGCAAGCAGCCAUCCCUUGCCUCGAUGCCAUCAGCAGACUCUUGGGAUUUCUCUUCCACUGUCCAUCUCACGCCUUCUGCUUCGCCAACAAGCUCUAUGUAUUCGAAAUCCACCUCGCCGACGCGUGCACAGAUCCGUGGACCAACACUGCCACCGCUGGGCGUAUUCGACAUGGAUGACGAGCCUGGAGAAGAGGGAAUCGACAAGAGGCUAGAAAGACUUCAUAUACCCUCUGAGCACCCGCGGUCUAGCUCGUACGCCCCAACUUCGUCCGUGGACAUGUCCUCCCGGACGACUUCAAUCAGCGCAGAAAUUCAGCCACAAAAGGAUGAAGGUCAUAUUGAACAAGCGCCUGUCAGCCAGUCACUCUCUUCGUCAUCAUCAGAAUCCAAUCCAGUGGAUCCAUUGACACCUCCAACCGCUCACGCGGCACCAGGCAUGACUAUACGCAGCUCCAGCUCGUCCAAACCGAGUAUGAGGAUAUGGAGAAAGUUUACAGGGAGAACAAAGGGGGCCGAAGAGGAAAAGCCAACCAAAGAGGAGAAGCGUCGAGGGAGCAUUGUCGGACUCUUCCUUGAGCGCACAUCUAGCCGUACUAGUCGCAAGUGA